GUUUCCGGAAGCCGCUCCCGGAAGCGGUAGGUGGCCGCCUGGCCUGGAGUUGCAGGAAGGGCCAGAAAUGGAGGAGAUCGGCAUCCUGGUGGAGAAAGCGCAGGAUGAAAUUCCUGCUCUGAACAUUUCCAGGCCACAGACUGGCCUCUCCUUCUUGGUUCCAGAGGCUGAGGAUGUGGAGGAUCUCUAUAGUCGAUACAAGAAACUGCAGCAGGAGCUGGAGUUCUUGGAAGUUCAAGAGGAGUACAUCAAAGACGAGCAGAAGAAUCUGAAGAAAGAGUUCUUGCACGCCCAGGAGGAAGUGAAACGCAUCCAGAGUAUCCCUCUGGUCAUUGGUCAGUUCCUGGAGGCCGUGGAUCAGAACACAGCCAUUGUGGGCUCCACCACAGGCUCCAAUUAUUACGUCCGGAUAUUAAGCACCAUCGACCGGGAGCUGCUCAAGCCCAAUGCCUCGGUGGCGCUGCACAAGCACAGCAAUGCUUUGGUGGACGUGCUGCCUCCAGAGGCUGACAGCAGCAUUAUGAUGCUCACUUCGGAUCAGAAACCAGAUGUGAUGUAUGCUGAUAUCGGGGGGAUGGAUAUUCAGAAGCAGGAAGUCAGGGAAGCUGUGGAACUGCCCCUCACUCAUUUUGAACUCUACAAACAGAUUGGCAUCGACCCUCCACGGGGUGUACUAAUGUAUGGACCCCCUGGCUGUGGAAAGACCAUGUUGGCCAAAGCCGUGGCCCAUCACACUACAGCUGCCUUCAUUCGGGUGGUGGGAUCCGAGUUCGUGCAGAAGUACCUGGGUGAGGGGCCACGCAUGGUACGGGACGUUUUCCGCCUGGCCAAAGAAAACGCCCCAGCCAUCAUCUUCAUUGAUGAGAUUGACGCCAUUGCUACCAAGCGCUUUGAUGCACAGACAGGCGCGGACAGGGAGGUUCAGCGCAUCUUGCUAGAGCUGCUCAACCAGAUGGAUGGCUUUGACCAGAACGUGAAUGUCAAGGUGAUAAUGGCCACAAACCGAGCGGACACACUUGACCCUGCUCUGCUCCGACCAGGCCGCCUGGACCGUAAAAUCGAGUUUCCUUUGCCAGACCGGCGCCAGAAACGAUUGAUCUUCUCCACCAUCACCAGCAAGAUGAACCUGUCCGAGGAGGUGGACUUGGAAGAUUAUGUCGCCCGGCCAGAUAAGAUCUCAGGUGCUGACAUCAACUCCAUCUGCCAGGAGGCUGGAAUGCUGGCUGUACGGGAGAACCGCUACAUCGUCUUGGCCAAGGACUUCGAGAAGGCCUACAAGACCGUUAUCAAGAAGGACGAACAGGAACACGAGUUCUACAAAUAAAAAUUGGGGAAAGCCGAAUGGAGUUGGGUGGUUGUCUCAAUCCUUGGGGGGCGGGUGGGUUAUUUUGCGUCUCUUUGGUGUUUCAAAGUAUGAACUAAGCUUAUGAAUAAAUAGUUACCCACAA